AUGAAGAGUCAAGGUGGACAAAGAGCACUAAGUGAUGAAGCAGAAAAAUACAUAAUAAAAUACAUAAAUAUUUGUUCUGAGUGGGGGUAUCCAUUUGAUACUUAUGACUUACGGAUAAUAAUAAAGAGAUAUUUAGAUAGAGUUGGUAUAGAAGUAAAAAAAUUUAAAAAUAACUUACCUGGCGUGGUUUAUAUAGAAUGCUUUUUAAAGCGUCACAAGAAGGAAAUUUCAGAAAGAAUAAGCCAGAACAUCAAAAGAUCUAGGGCUGCAGUAUCUCCACAAAUUAUAGAAGAAUAUUUUAGGCAACUUGAAAAUUCCUUAAAGGAUGUACCUUUAUGUAACAUCGUGAAUUACGAUGAAUCCAAUUUAGCUGACGACCCUGGAAAAAAGAAGGUUUUGACUAAAAGAGGCGUAAAAUACCUUGAAAGGGUUAUGAACCACACAAAGUCAUCGACAUCGCUGAUGAUGGCUGCAUUCGCUGAUGGAACACUGUUGCCCUGCUAUGUAGUCUAUAAAGCUGGCAAUCUUUACAAUACCUGGACUACAAAUGGCCAUGGUGGAAGAGAUUUAGAGAAGGUGAUGGGCCCCAUGGUUUGA